GGGCAAGAAGUGCAACGAUUAAGUGUCAUUCAGAACCUACCCAACCUCCUAAAGAACAAUAAUGUUGAUGCUAUGCGCAGAGUAGUACCCAAAGUCAGGGAUGUAUUACACUUAGCGAGCCAAGACCUCCAGGAGGCAGCAGCAGCAGCGUUUGUGAAGAUAGCGGAGGACCAAUCAGUGCCACACCUAACCUAUGCACAGACAUUCCUACAGACGAUCUUACAGAAUGCUGAUAAUAGAGACCCAGAUAUUUCUGAUUCCUGGUUAGAAGUCUUACUCAACGUCAUUACACACCUUCCAAAGGAUGUCCUCAAGAAAGAUAUUCUACCCGUUGCUCUCAGUAAAGGCCAGCUGGCCCAGUCGGUUCAAUCUCGUCUAGCAAGCUGUCGACUGCUGGGAAAGAUUGCUACACGUUUUGACACCUUCAUGAUCAAGAAGGAAAUCUUACCUUUGGUUACAUCUCUGUGUCAGGAUGUGGAUUAUGAAGUCAGAGCAUGUAUGUGUAAACAGCUAGAUAGUGUGGCAAGAGGAUUGGGCCUGGAGCCUACCAGAAGUGCAAUACUACCUGAACUUGUUGAACUGGGCAAGGAUGAAGAGAGCUGUGUAAGACUAGCAGCAUUAGAAACUAUAGUUAGCUUACUCAGUCUUCUAGACGAUGUGAAUUUCAUACCGCCAGAUACCUGCACACAGACGAUCAUUCCUUUAGUUCGUAAAUUUUGUGAGAAUGCCAUGAACAAUGAAGAUUCUACCCUACCCUCUGUUGCUAAGCAGUUCGGAAGGUUAUGCCAUGGGUUGUCAGUAAAUCUUACAGAAGAAUUAAAACUUUGGUUCAUGAAGUAUUACUACAAGCUGUGUUCUUUAGGGCUGAAUGAGAAAAGCAUCAGCAAUGAUAGAUUGGAGCAGUCAGGUGCAUCAUCUAAUAGCUCCACUAAGAAUUCACCAAUGCUGUCCAUGUAUAGAGAGGAACACCGGUUGACAGAAUGCAGGCAAUACUCUGCGUAUAACUUCCCUUGUAUGGUGCUAUUUGCUGGUGCACGUAAGUUUAAAGCUGAACUUCAUGGAACCUUUGCCAGUCUCUGUGAUGAUCCUCACCCUCAAGUCAGGGCUACUCUAGCCUGUGGUUUUCAUGAAGUUGCUCAUCUCUUAGGAAACAAUGUAUCUUGUAUUCAUGGAGAGCUGGUUAGUCUACUCAAAGAUGAAAAUCUACAGGUUUUACAGGGUAUUACAUCUCACCUCCCUGAGACUUUGGUAACAUUCUCUAAAGGAGCACUAAGCAGUAGUGGUCAUCAUCUCGAUAAUAAGAUGGUAACGAUAGGUCUCUUUUCCUAUCGCAGGGUAUAUGGUGUUGGUGAUUUGAUACCAGCCAUCUUGGCUGCAGAGAGUAGAGCAUCUAACUCAAGGAAUUGGAGACUCCAUGUUGAUAUUCUAGAGAAACUCGCCUGUCUUCCUAAGUGCUUAACCAGUGAUCAGAUCCAUUCCAAGUUUAUUCCUCUUUUCUUCAAGCAUGUCACUUCUCAUAGAGCUUUGCCAAUUCAGCAUGCAGCAGCUAGGACGUUGUGUGUUCUAAUGAGAAACUGUAGGAAGUUAGAUCAUAGACAAGACAUGGUAGCUAAACUCAUCCAUGAGUGCUGUAGGAGUAAAAGUAGUCGCUAUAGGAGGUUAUACAUUGACAUAUGUGUCAUAGUUAUGGAGAUGUUCUCUAAAUCAUUCUUCAAGGAUAAUUUCAUGGAGCCAUUGAUGGAUCUCACAGCGGAUCCUGUUCCUAAUAUCAGGUUAAAGAUGUGCUCUCUGCUUCCUCGGAUCAAACAUCAGAUGAAGCUACCUGAGGACAGAGAGAAUCUUCAAGCCUUGGAGUUGGUCGUUAGAAGGCUACUCUCAUCAGAGAAAGAUAAAGAUGUAGAUGUGGCCAUUAGACAAGCUGUUUUUGAAUUGGACAGAAUACAAGUUCAUGUAGACUCACUGAACAUGUCACAGUAUUACGAAGACGACAUGCAAGACAGAAAGAAAGAGGCUGAGGAACGUUCCAUGAUGGAGAUUGAGAGAAGGAAUAUGGAUGAAGGAAUAGAGAAAGGAGCAAGAGAGAAAGGAUCAGCCAGGCAUACAGAGAAGAAGAAAGAAAAAGAGAGCAAAACAGAAAAGAACGUUCAUACACACAGUCAAUCUAAUCCAGCAUCCGCUCCAUCAACUUCUUCAAGAAAAGUGUCUAAAAGCACCAGCCACAAACACAGUAGUACACCGUCAGGGGGCAAGAGCUUCCUGACUAAUGGCCCCCAAACUAGCAAAAAUAUUGCCUCGUCAUCAUCAACCAAAAGCUCAGUCUCGAAUGGUCCCCACUCGGGCAAAAAUGUUGCUUCGUCAUCAACAAAGAGUUCGGUGUCUAAUGGUACCCCCACUGGCAAAAAUAUUCCCUCGUCAUCAGCAAAGAGUUUGGUGUCUAAUGGUCCCCCUAGUGGCAAACAUAAUGCACCAACAUCGUCUUCCAGGAAGACUUCCCCUCCACAGGGUCCUCCAAUGAACACUGCUAUUAGAGCUGCAUCUCACAAGGCCCAGAAAGCACCCAAGAGUGAGGUAUCAUCAGCGCCCCCCUCUAGGACAUCCACCAGGGCGGGGAAGAAGUCACCCUCGGCUACUCUCCUUGAACCAAAUAAUAACGUCAAGUCAACCACAAGCCGUAAUAGAUCUGGUUCUGAUGGCUUGCUAGCUACGUCUAUGAUGCGGAAUACAAGAACUACAAGGGUUCUAGAAUACAGUAGUUCCUUAUCAUCUCCUACAGCCAGCAGUGCAGCUAAAAGAUCAACUAGUGGAACACAUGUAUCAGAAUCCAGGAAGUCUUCAGCAUCAUCAGUCAGCUCAACUCGGUCCGGCAAUUCUUCUUCUAGUCAUCUAUCAACUUCAACCUCUUCAACCAGAGUGAGGAAGUCCACACACAAGACUUGAUGAGAAAUGGAAUCUACUUCUAAUAUAUCCUACAUAUCUGCUACAGGAACAAACUGCCAUAUGAAGAGUGAAUGUGUGUAUGACAGUGUGAACCAAUGUUACAGUGACCAGUCAUUCAUGCCAUAUUUGAGAUGACUGACAUGGAGGGAUAUUAAAUGUCAAGUUGACGGACCUUAGACAGUCUGACAGGGACAUAGUGGUCAUGUCAUGUCUUGACUUAUCUGACGAGUAGCAGUGACUAAGGAAUGCUGUACACUGCUAUCAUGUUAGCAUUUGUGCAUUUUGACGGAAUUACAUUUCGGGGAUAACUGAGGAGCGAUCGUGAGAGGAGUUGUCUGAUGUUCCAUCUGCUGAGUCUGCUUGAUUAGACAGUUACCAUAGUAACAGUCAGACAGACGCCUAUGCUGCUCAGCCCUUCAAAAUUAAGGAAAUUUACCGGAUUUGUCAGAUGAUAAUUGUUGAUGAAAUACACUCUGAUCCAGGCAUCUGCGUUAACAGUGAUGUAGGCUUUAUCAUAAAGCUCUUUGUGUGGAAUUAUUCCCCUUGGAUUAGCUUUUUCCAUGUUGAUAGAAUAUUAGUGGGAGACAAAAUUAAAUAAUGUAAUCUUUGAUGUAACAAAUGCCUGUGCAUGUGAUCUUACAUACUUUGUUCUCACCACUUCAACAAAUCAUCAUGUCGCCAAGGGGAAAAAGUGGUAGUUCUGAUUUUUUCAUUCAUUUUUCCAGUUCAUAUUUGGAAAAAUAUCACCAUUUUAUUACAAAAAUGCAGCUUUAUUAUGCAAAUGGCAUAAGCAACAAAUUAUGUGAUGAAUGUGCUACAAGUCACAUUACAGCACUUAAUUCCUGAUCACUGUUUUGCACAAUUUUCCAUGAUGUUGAGAAUGAUUUGAAGUGGAUGAAAAAUAUAUUCCCCCAUAUGUUUGCGGCAAUGGGCAAAUUUAUUAGAAUAUCGUUUUGCACGUUGCAGAAGUCAAAUAAUAUAAAUUAUUCAAUAAUUUUUUUCAUCAUACUCCAUUUCAAAAUAAUUUUUUUUCUAGUCUAAUUCAUAAUAUAAAUAUACCAUGAUUCAUCUGAAUGAUAAAAGCUGUAUUUACCUUUUCAGGCACAGUUUGGUUCAGUCUUUAGAAGAAUAAUUGUUUUACUAAAAUAAUAUUAGAAAUCAAAACGAGGAUGAAUGAACUUGCAACAAUGAUAUUAUACAGGAAUUUCUGGCUUAUAUGUUGUGAGCAGUGAUCAUCACAGGAAAGUUUAAAUCGACAUAUUUAUUUAUUAAUUUUUGUUGUGUGUUCUCUGUAAUGUAUGAAAUGCAGUUAUCAAAAAAAGCCUUCAUUAAUCCAUUAGUUAAAAUGCUUGUUAUCACCACGUAAAAUUUAUUAAAUGUUACUUUAUAUUCGUAAUAUUUUGAUGAGAAGGAAGAGAGGGGAGAAAGAGAAGCUCUCUGAUAAUUUAUAGUAGUUGGCUCGUAGUGUUGAUCUUAUAGGCUGCCAUUCAAGUUGUGUGUGUGUAUGGGUGGGUGUGUGUGUGUGUGUGUGGUUUUCAACAUUUUCUUUCAAUUCUUGCCAUGUAAAGAAUAUGUUGGUUUUUGCCAAUUUGAACAGAAAUUAUCAGAAAUCUGAUGCAUUGAGUCCAAUGGUGUGCAUCGGAUGGAUAAAUAGGCCUGUGUUUUGAAGUCAGGGGUUUAAAAGUAGAGGUUCAAUGUAUCAGCCCAUUUGACUUGCAAGUCAUUCUAAAAGGGGAAUGAAACUCUUGGAAAAAGUUAAGCUUGUGUGGAAACAGAAAAUCAAAGAAUAAGAUCAAAGAAAGUUUGAGAAAAAAUUGACAAUAAUGAGAAAGUUAUGAACAUUUGAAUAUUACGAUCCCUAAUGCUAUGGAGAUCCUCCCAUUGAUAAAGAUGUGUGAUGUCACAUGUGGGCAACUUUCCCUUUGAUGGACUAUAAAAUACCCCCAAAAUGUCUCUUUCUGCUCUUUCUUAUGGUGAUACAAUCUCUUUAUCCAUGAUGUAUUCUUUGAAAAUCUGCAUUACAUACCCUCCUAUAGAAAGAAUACAUGAUCUACUGAUAGAUGUGAUAAAAGAGGCAGAUUAAGUGAAAUAUAUACACAAGUAAUGGGAAAGUUGUUCACAUGUGACAUCACACGUAAUUGUUGCAUUGCCAAUAGGAGGAUCUACAUUACAAUGAUGAUAUGAACUGUAAAUGCUCAUAACUUAUUAUUUAUUCAUUGUUUCUCAAACUUGAGAUUUUUCUGUUUUUGCAGAAGCUAUCUUGUUCCAAAGAUUUCAUUUUCCUUUAACUGUUUGAGAAGGAUAAAUAAGAUAGUUGUCUUAUGAUAAACAUAAUAUACAUAAAUUUGCAAAGCGCAGCUUUUAUAUAAAUAUACUCAGUUAGAUAAAUUAUAUGUGUACAAGGCAAUUUUCUAAAUUAAAGAGAAAUGUUUCCAAUUUCUAUUUGAAGAUAGCAAGUGAUGGAAAACUUCUUAGGCCAUGUCAAUUGACAGGCUAUUCCAUAGUUUGGGGGUAGCAAUUGCAAAUGCGCAAUUGCCGAGUGCGAUGUUUUGUGAAAGGGAAUCUUCCCUAUUAACAAAUUAGGGAGGAGCAUGUUAAACAUAAGAAACAUACAAUGAAAUCAAAAUGUUGACAUUUUUGGCUUUCUAUAAUUUCAGCAAAUAAUUAGACCAUGGUAUAAGUUAAAUAGAAUACGGGCCAUAGAGUACAAUUAAAACUAUUGUGUAUAAAGAAUACCACAUCAUAUCAUAGGAAUUCUCAGUUAUCUGGUAGGGCAGGGGGGGGGGGGAAUGUCCAGUGUAUAUGUCCUGAAGGCUCUCCAACUUCAAUCCAACUAGAAUUCUAAUUCCACUAUAUUUCAUUCUUUGUUACUUCCUGAAUGGUGAAUUUAAUGAUAAGCAAUUUUUAUGUGAUAUUUGAUAAUCCUAGGUUUGAGAGUAAGCAAGCAAUUACUGUUGGUGAAGGUGAUUGCCAAGGGAUUGAUGGAACAAAAAAAUUUAGGGUCAAUGACCUCUUGAUUAUGAACGUACUCAAGACUAAUUUUUAAGGCUUUAUGACCUUAUGGGCUGAAGUGAUCAGUGAAACCCAAAAGUACCAUGACUGCGAGUGAUGGGGGAAACUACCUUUUUUCACAUGACUGACUUUUGACCAAUCCUGUAGCAAGAUUCUUAGUAUGCGGAAUAUAAUAAAUAGUACUUAUGCCUUUGAAGUAAUAAUUGUUUCUGUUGAAAUUGUCUCAUAUUUUGUCACACAUGCUUGGGGCUUCAAAUAGAAAUGAUUAUUAUUUUCAGUUACUUUGAUAUUUUUUCUGUUGAAGUGGCUGCCUUUCUUUGUAUCUCAACUACUUAAGUUAAUUGCAUUUGACAUCAAUGGGCACUUUAGAACUCUGAGUAUGAUUGAGAUGAAGUGUAUUCAUUUUGUGCUUUUUGUCUUUCCUGUCAUAUAGACAUGUAUUGAAAUUGUGCCUUGUCAAUGUCCAAAUGUGUGAACUUAAAUCCAAUAAUUGAAGGAAAAAAAAAUUCAAAAUCGUUUGUGCCUUAAUAUAAACAUUGUCUUUAUAACUCUGUAGAAACAAUGUGCCUAACGUAUUCAAUAUUGAGGUUGCUAAUUUUUUUAAAAUACAUAUCAGGAAAAGUGAAUGAAUAUAUCAAGAAUCUCACAAUAAUAUCCAGUAUGCUACUUACCGUUAUGAGCUGACAUUCAGUACCGGUGGUCUAGUUAGAAACAUCUGUGAUUAAAGAGUGUUUGGUUUCUUUUUUUUUUCUCUACUUUUAGUCAGAAGAAGCAAUAGUUCAUCUCAAAAUCUUGCAGUGAAAGCCUUUGUAAUUGUGUUUGAAAAUUGUGGUUCUUAUAAUGUCAUUUGUCUUGAUAUUUCACCACUAAUAAUAAGGAAUCUAAUUGUGAUUUAAAGACCCAGACCAAACCCAUAAGUGAAAUUGGCAAAUCAUGUACAAAUUCAAAGCUUGUAAACUGCAAAGCACAGCAAUGCAAGCUUUAUGCAUUUUCACGACUUACCAGCUGAGUAUUUUGCUAAAGAAUAGCUCAAAUUAUCAGGCUUCAAAAAUAGGCUUUCUCGUGCUUUUCACCAACCUCAAAACCGUGACGUCAUGUCGUGUUUGAAGCGAUGUGAUUCCAUAGGUUUGUACCCAAAAGAAUGGGUGAUUUGUCUGCUUUUCAGAUUACGUAUUUUAUUUUCUUCAUUUCUAUCACAUAGAGAUAUCAUAAAAAUCUUUUCCUUCAAGCUUUAAUUGAUGAAAUCUACAGCUUUGCAGUUUUUGCCAACAUUUAAUUUCUCACUUAUUUGGCGCAGCUAUCCAAGUCUAUCUGCAUUCAGAUUAUGUGUAGAAGUUUUCCUGACAUAGCAAUUCAGGCCCAAUCAGAGCCAUACAAAGAAAUUACAAAAAAAAAACCUAGUGCAGGUCUCCAUCCAUGUUAGGACUGAAAAAAUAUCAGUGCCAUUUUCCUUUG